UUUUAAUCAAGUUCACUGCAUGCAUCCUGGAGAAUUUAACUUGGCACCUGGGGGACUGGGUAAAAGCUUCACCCCACGAUUCACCAAGUUAUUGAUCCAAUGGGUGACAGUACUUGUUAUCAAGGACCAAAAAGUAAAACCAACAGAUAUAUCACAAGGGUCCUCUCGAGGGGACCUGAUAAGAACUUUGGCAAGCACUCGGUAGUUGGGUACUACUACAUGUAAUAAGGUCCCAACUCGUCUGUUCAAUUCCAAUAAUCCGCGAUGGCAGGAACUAUCUGCUUCGAUCAAUAACAGAUAUCUCACCGCUCAGUGUGUAUUUAAAGCUAUUUAUUUCUUUUUUUUCUCUCUCUCCCUUCAUGGUUCAGAGAUCAAUCCCGUAGAAUGAUAAUGGACUUAAUUGUCUGGGGUUGAUCGCGUAUAUUGUGGUAAAACUUGCUUAAACUUUUGUUAGAAGAGGCGCCUCCUUUUCACUGUGUGGAUUGCAAUGUAUCGACGGAUAGGUGAUAUUUGACCCUCAUUUUCUGUCAUUUAUUUUGACAGUUUAUGUUUCGCUGCAAUAGAAAAGGAAAUAAUUAUAGUCGGAGCAAUUAAAGUGUAACGGAGACUUUUGCGUAAAAUGGAAAUAAUUCACAAAUGUUAUUUUGAUGGAAACUAACUCGAAAGGUAUACAACCGUCAUUGACAUCUAAUGAAUUCAGAGUCAUGUUGAGUAAAGAAGAGUUAUUUUGAGGCAUCCAUUUAAAGGCCAAAUCACAAGAGAAAAAAAGAACUUCAUUUACAUAAAGAAAUAAAUGAAGCUUUUCUGGAGAUGCAUGCUAUCGGCACGGGGAAAUGGAGACACGUAGACAGGGCCAAUUAAAUAUAUAAGAUACGUCAAGUAUCACACAUACUAAGAGUUAUGAAAACCUGCACCAAUCAAUGUGUGAUCAGCCCUUUAAACUGCAGUGGGCCAGCACAUUAUGGGUGACACUGAAAACACGCCAUUAACAUUCAUUGUCCUUGUCUGUUCUGUUGUGGGUCUUUUAAAUAAUCUUGUGUCAAUAUUUUAUAAACAGAGAAAGCAAUUCUCUUUGCCUAAGCUCUGGAAGUAUGCCUACCUAUCUAUUGAUUUCGGGCAUGUUUUUUUAAGUGUAGGGUUGAUUCUUUCAAUUUCAUUUAAACUUUCUGGAUCGGAGCCAGUGUGUCGUGCCGCGGGGUUUCUGAUCGUCUUUGGGGUUUUUGACUGUAUAUGCGGUCUCCUCACAGCGGGGAUCAUUCUAUUCGGGAUCUACAACCCGGGAAAAUCCUCACAAAUUUCUACGUUUCAUAGAAAUGUGUUUUUGCUCAUUGUCAUUCCCGAGAAAUUCAUAUCCUUGCUUCUGUCGACCUUGCCUCUUACGCCUUUAGGAAGCAACCUCUUUUCAAAGAGUCUUGCUAUCACAUGCGUACGGAUUCUUCAGCCCUACGAAGAUGGCGGUGAAUUGGGACUUGUAAACUUUGGAGUUCUUUGGGUGUCUCUUCUGGUUGCCUUCCUGACUUGUGUCAUCAGCGCUGUGAAACUAUGGAAAGGAUUCAGCAACCGAAUUCAUUCCUCCACAGUCAAUGUUUGGCAGUCACAAUUAGUGAUUGACGGCAAGAGGUUCCAGAGGCUACUGUUAUGUGAGCUGAUACUGUGGCUCCUUGUUUUGUUUUUGUUUAAUUUUGUGACAUAUUACGAUUCCGGAAAUCUUGAUUCCGCCACUUGGAUUGUGUGGGUAUCCUUAAGUUUGGCCACCGUUCUUCAUAGUGUGUGGUCUCAGUUUGGCAAUGCAAUGUGGAGCAUCUGCUGCUGUGGAUCGAAAAGGGAUGUGGAAGAACCACAACAUAAACUAAAGCGACUUGAACUGAUAAACGUAGAGGAAGCCGGAAAGCUACGAUUGAAGGCAACAUGGAGUGUAUCCAGGGGAACUGUCAGACGGGGUCUUAUGAAGGUUUAUGGUUCAAACAACGUCAAAGCUUGGGCACAGGAAAUUGUUGUACUGGGCAUGCUCAGGAAGGCGCAGCAUCCGAGCCUUCUGCAAUGUCUGUGGACCAGCAGCUCCAACCCUUACUACGAAACGAUGACGUUGAUCACAGGGGAGAUAAUAACUAGUGACUCAAGGAUUAUUUGUCUGGAGCUGACAAAUAAUGGAAGCCUGGAAGAACUAUUUCAGAAAGACGUUUCACUUCCGGAAACGUGUCAAAGGAUGGUCGUUCAUGAUAUUGCAGAGGGACUUUUCUAUCUUCAUAGCCAAAAUAUUCUCCAUAACAACCUCAGUUCUUCCUGCAUCUACCUCAAAGGAUCCCUUCCGGAAAAAGAGUACAACAGGCCAAUUUAUAGGAAUAUGGUUAUGAGGGCAGCUAUUGGUGAUUUUGAGCAUACACAAAUUUACGGAUCAAUGCAGCAGACAGAGACAGCUGUGUGCAGCAAACGACAGUUCUUCUUACCAGACAUCAGAUCGUUUGCAUUGGUUGCACUGGAAAUUGUGACAAAAUCAUGUGAGCGACGCUUCCUAAGCAUGCAAUAUGAAUGGGACUAUGAUCAAGAUCCAAACGAUCUCAUCAAAAGAAAUGGAAAUUUUGUUGUGAUGCCCAGUAUACUCCCUGAGACCCAUCAUUCGGAUUUUGGUCUCAUGAAUGACCCGUCUGAUGAUUCAGAUAUAGAUCACUACGUGAGAAGGCAACCAGCCAAUGGUAUACGGUCACCAUAUGAAAUGAUCGAAGAAGUAAGACGACGCAGUAGAAGUAUGUCGCCAGGAAGUCGCCCAAUGUCAGCGCAAUCACGGCGCAGCACAAGGUCAAAAACAGUAUCUCCAGAUCGACAGAGAAUGAUACAUAGAUCUCCCUCAGCGCAGUCUGCAACUACUCUCUUUAAUGGAAGAAGUGGAACUCCUGAACCAGAUGACAUAUUACAACAACAAACGUCUGCUCGUUCUGAAGUAACUGAGGUGUUUCACAAAAGAAGCACGAUUCAAGAAAGUGCUCAGGGAAGGACUGAAUCCCCCAUGGAAAAGAAAAAGGGAAAGGGUAAAAAAUCUCAUUCCAGAACUCUUGAAGGACAGGCAUUUGAAAUCAAAGGCAAAAAUAAAGAUAUCAAGAAAUCUAACAGCAAACGCCUUUUAUCUAAACCGGUCUCUAUAUUGAAAAACUUAACUGGCUCUGAAACAACUGUAUCUGCAUUUAAAUCUAAUGAUAAAGAAGAUUCAUCUGCUGGUGAAAUAUCAGAGGAAGAAACGGAAGAAAUAGAAAUUCCAUUUGAUAGAUACAAAUUGAAUAAAAAAAUGAGACAAGAUUCAAAGAAUUCAAUUCAAUCUUUCCAGUCCGAAAACUCGUUACAUCGAACAGUGUCACAAAAAAGUGAUCAGUGGAGCAUUCGUAGCGACAUGGAGUAUCGUCCACAUGGUUUGAAAAAUACAGUGUCUGCUGAUUCAAGAGCCUCGCUUUGGUCAAAUUUACCCCUUCCUUUGGAAUCUAUUGAUAUUGAAAGAGACGACUUAGAUCAUAUUAUUGAUUGUCUUCCGGGAAUGGCAGAUUCUCUGGAUUCUCCAAGGAAUAGACCUAAACUAAGUGAGAUAAUGAAUGCUCGAGACAGGAUAGGUUCAAGACCAAAAGCAUACUGGCAAUAUGAUGGACCAGGACCUCAGCGCUUUGAACUUGUUGAUUAUUAUGACGAGUUGCAAGGUGUGUUCGUUAAAAAGUUACAACCAGUUCGUUCUCUUCACAGAACAUCAUCUGGUUCACAAAUCGUGUCUCUCCCCGUGCAUCGAACUUUUUCAGGGACUCAGGUCUUACAUCGAACAAAUUCGGGUCUUCAGGAAAUAAUGGAAGCAACUGAAGCCACGGACGAGGAAGAAUCGUACUCAAACAGCAAAUCUCAUCAACUGGUGCGGGAUAAAAAGACGAAUAAAAUUAAAGUUCAGUCUAUCCAAGAACCACAGGAAACAAAAGCGAUGAAUCAGGACAAAAAAUCUACGAAGAAAAAAGAACGAUCCAAAUCGAUUAAAAAGCACCCAGCACCACCACCUCCAUCCGAAAAGGAAAUUUGCCAAAACAUGGAAGAUAAAGAAGAUAACGAACAUAAACGAUCAAAAGCCAGAAACGCACUUAAAAGAGCUCUCAGUGGAAAAUCGAGAGAUUUUAGUUUUCAAAGAACAAACAGUAAGAAUGAAAAGUUGGAUGUAAAAUUUGCAAAUGUUAAAAAACUAAGCAUACAAACACAUACAGAAAAUAAAGAAAAUGUGCAAAGAAUUGAAAAUAAUUUCGAAGUUAUCGAAACAAACCAGCCAAAUGUUAAGGAAAAAGAAGACGCACAUUUCAAACGACAUUAUAUUCAGGCUCCGAAAAAGGACAGUGUAGAAAAAAGGUUCAUUACUGAUAAACAGUUAAAAACAAACCUGAAUAGAUUCUCAAGUUUCAGCAGUACAGACAGCUUCAGUAGCAGGGGCUCAAUAAGAGGUCGACACGCAGAUGUUUCGCUUACAAGUGGCGAAUUAACCUCUCUGUCUUCCCAAGCUGAUGCUGAUACCGAUGACUUUGCGACAGAUGUCGAUGCACCUGCCAAGGAAGUGUAUAUGAAAAAGGUAAUUCAAAGCAGAUUAAGGAAAAAUGUCGACAGUGGGUUUGACAGUGAGAGCAGCGAAAUAUCUUCGCAUGGUCCCCAAAGCAAUUAUCUUUCUGAUGAUUCAGCUUUUCAUGAAACCAAGGCUAGAAGGUCAAAUCCCAGAAAACAAGAUAUUGUAGUGACGGAUAUUAAAAGCUCUUCGAGUCAAUACAGUAAACAAUCAAUACCUAUGUCCGAAAAAACAUUUUGUCUAACUGGGAUAAAUUCAAGGAUUGUUGAAACUGUGACCGAUUCACCAGAUCUUGAGAUCGAGUGUCUUCCUGAAGAUGAUGUAGAACUAGUUGAAGGGAAAGAAGAAUUUCGCCCAACAUCAAGUCUUUCCCGAAUCAUUGAAGUUUCUUCAGCAUCUCCAGACCAAACUAAGGAAAUGGACUUUGACAAUGAAAUUGAAAGAGUAAGUUCCCCCCGUGUUGAUAAAAUGUCAGGUGGUGAGAUAUUUAACCCAUCUUGUUCAAGUCGUCCUAAAACACCAAGUAGUAAUCGUCCCAAAACACCAGGAAUAUCUAAAGAGAUGAGAGGUCCAAAUGUGAUGGCAAGCAGUCACACUGCCGAUGCCGCAAGACGGUAUAGGGAACUUGUUAAGAAAGGAGUUCCACUCCGAGUUUCAGAAGUGGCCGUGAACGAAAACCCAAAUAGAUCAAGCUGUCUGUUGAAUGAAGAAGACAGUGAAACGCAACAUUUACAGCCAGAAGACGAGAAAUUGUUCAUAAAUUUAGAUUCACAAGGAUUUUUCCAAACUGAAAGAGAUAAAAAACUAAUUCCUGGUCGGACCUACGGUUCUCUCAAUAGGAAAUCAAGAAUUGAUCAAGGAAAGAAAAAUAAAUUAGAUGGUCAACAGACUACGUUGGGUUUGGACGACAUUGUUAGAGAAAGUCCUGUUUGUUCAAACCAUUCUCCUGUACAUAAAUCUCCAAAUGGUAGCCAUCUAUCUCCUAAUUACGCUCCUAACAAUGGUAUUCUUGACGAUUCCUUUACACAUGUAUCUGAGAACGAAGUUGCUAUGUUUAAUCAGCCACAAAGCGAGGACUCUGAGACAUCUAGUACUCACAAUGUAACUUUGAGUAAUUCAAAUCAAGUUUCACCAAAUCAUAAUCCCCAAAACCCAUCUGCUUUAAUGGUAGAUGCCGAAUUGUACAUAGAUCGCCUUUACUCUAAAAAACAAACACCAGAACAUAAUCAGCCCCACCCUCCGAUUUUGGAUCCCGAUUUUGAUUCUCCUCUUCUUGAAAAUGGAAAACCUACGCAAACUGAUCAACAAUUUGAUAUUCAACCGGUCCACGACCACGGAAGAGAGGAAGAAAGAAUCAUAAUAAACGUGCCUUUGAAAGAAGGAGUAUCGGACAAACAUGUAACGAAUUGCCAAAAACUGACUUCAGCCCUUCACCUUGUGUCUUUUAAUGAUUUGUUACCUGCAACACAUGAAGGAUUUAACAUGAUGAAAAUCAAGCUUAAACAAGCUGGCCAACUUGGUGAAGUAGGAAGCCAGCUACUGGAUAUCGUAAACAAAUGUUGGCUGAGUGAAACCCCGCCCACUUCUUUUGACCUCGUUAUGCAAUUGAUGGAUCCUGUAAAGGAAACAGAACUUUAAAGCUGCAGAAAUAUUACGCAUUUAUUAAUUGCAUCACAUUCGUGCCAAAUUAAUAUAUAUAUCGCGGAAUUCCAAUUUCAGUUCAUGUCAUUGAAAUAUCAUGCAAAAUCUUGUUACGUUAUUUGAUAAAACUAUUUUCUCGAAGUCUUCUUAUUCAAUGCGCAUGCACAAUUAACCUAAUAAAAAGUAAAUAUUACUUAACAAUUAAAUUUAGAUGCGCAUGGUUGGUAACACAGAUACGUAUUUUUCAAUGUGUGAGAAAAAAUGUAAUUUUCUUUGAAAAAUUUUGCACUUGUCUUCCAAAUAGUUUUUACGAAAAAAUUCUAUUUCUAUACCGGUAUGCGCUGUAUUGUUAAAAAAUCUCUUGCUAUUUAAUUAUGCAAUUAUUAUAUGUACAUCUAACUUCAAUUUUUAGGAUAAAUAUCGAAGUGUGUAAUGAGAAGAAAAAAAUCAUUUAAAAUAAAUAAAGAGCAAACAAUUGACCGGAUAGCAAUAGAGACUCGGAAUGACUUAUCUUACAAAAAAAUUAAUAAUAGAAGUACAUACAUGUAAACCAUUAAAAACUCCAUUGUAUUGUUUUUAACUUGAUUUUUUUAAUGCAUCAAUGAUUUAGCAACUUUAUUUUCCAUAAUACUAUUCAUUUAAAAACGAUAAGGAGAUAAUAGUUGUUCCGUACUCCAAACUUGAUAUUUGCAUUUACCAUUAAGUGAGCAUAUUUCGUUGAAAUUUUAGUGUAAUUCUUGUGCUUUAUCAUUUUUGUCAUGCAUUAUAUCAUUUUGGUGCUUUACGUUUCAAUUGUUGGAACAUUAAGAUAUAUACUUAUUUGUUUUCUUUAUGAAUUAGAUGAUUUUGUUUUAAUAUCAAGAGAACAUAUUUUUACAUAAUUCAUCAAAAAAUAUGUUUUAGCAUAGAAAAGGGCACAUAUAUAAGCUUUAUUUUCUUUUGCUAUUUUUUUAAAUUUUGGAUCACUUAUAAUGUGAUUUUGAUGCAACCUUCAUAUUAUACGUACAUCUACAUUUUUACUAACAUUUUCUGAAACCAUAGACUUGUUUAUUUUUUUGUAUCGAUGCCAUUUUAAAACUGUGAUAGUAUAUUUAUAUUUGUUAUCUAUGCAAUAAAACUAUUAAAUAUACAAA